AUGUUCAAAUUGACUGCCAUAGUAUUCGCUGCUGUCUUUGCCUUGGCUGCCGCUCGUCCCAGCCACUUGGUUUCUUCUCCCGUAGUCUACUCUUCCCACUACGUGCAACCUGCCUUAAGAACCCAUUACUCUGUACCCGUAACUAGAACUGUUUACAACCCAGUAUACCAAACUCCAAUUGUCAAGAAUGUCUACACUCCUGUAUACCAUAAUCAAGUCGUUAAGAGUGUCUACACUCCUGUAUACCAAAAUCAAGUUGUCAGGAAUGUUUAUACUCAAGUAGCCCAUACUCCUGUUGUCAAUACUCUGGUCCAGACUCCCGUUGUCAAGAAUGUUUACACUUCUGUAGUCCACACUCCUGCUGUCAAGACUGUUGUUACCCCAGUUGUCCACACUCCUGUUACCAAGACUGUUGUUACUCCUGUAGUCCACUCAGCUCCCGUAGUACAAAGUUCUACCUUGUAUCACUCUGCUCCAGUAGUCAACAGUUACACUACCACUUAUGGUGCAUGGAAAAAAUAG